AUGAGGCCCUGGAAAUGCCAGCUGGAGAAACAGAAUUCCGGGUUCCGGCAGGUGACGGUGUUGCCCUGGUUCGGGGUCUGUGGUCAGACCAACGUCACCUGCAGGGUAGUGAAGGGGAAGGUGGUAGAGGAAGGCAAGUGGCCAUGGCACGUGAGCAUCCUGUUCCUGGGGAUGUACAUCUGCAGUGGCUCCAUCUUCCAUGAGCAUUGGGUCCUCACAGCUGCGCACUGCUUUCAAAGAUCAAAAAACCACAGCGAAUACACUGUGAGGAUGGGAGCCCAGCAAUUUUCCUCAAACGCCGCUCAACAUCCCAUCAGUCUCAUUGUGAUCCAUGAGAACUUCACCAAUCUUGCGUCCCAGGACAUUGCCCUCCUGAGGCUCCAGCAUCCCAUCUCCUGGUCCCACAACAUCCAGCCCAUCUGCCUCCCCGAUGCACAAAACAAGCCGUCUAUUGGUUCCAUGUGUUGGAUGGUUGGGCAGUAUCUCUCUCUCUCCUCAGGGGUCACAUCAUCCCCAAAGACCACAGCAUCCUCAGGGGUCCAGAUGCCCACCCUCAACAAUCUUCAGGAGGUAGUAGUCAAGAUUGUAAACAAAGACAUCUGUAACCAGAAAUACCAAUUCCUCCUCAAGAAGGGCCAACAGAACUUCAUGGGGACAGACAUGCUGUGUGGCAACUUAGAACGUGGCAUGAAAUUUUGUAAGGUUAACUCUGGCAGCCCCCUGGUCUGCCAAGUGAACAAGACCUGGAUCCAGGUGGGGUUGGUGAGCUGGGGCUUCAGCUGCGGUCGGUCCCAUUUACCAAGCAUCUACACCAGCACUUCCUCCUUCACCAGAUGGAUCAAGAAUCAGGUCUCUGAUGUGAAGUUCACCAGUCAGGCCUGCCUUGCCUUCCUGAGCCCAGUCAUCCUCACUGGCUACAUUUUGCUGGUCUCUUUGGGUUCCUUGUGGCUCCUGUAA